AUGGUACAUGGGCAUGCAUAUAAACAUGGCCACCCCUUCGAGGCGCUCCUGGAGGGGCGGGGCCAUAAUGACCAUAAUAAUGAAGACGUGAUAGUCUACACCACUGUCGACGUAGCUGAUGACCAAACCGAAAAUGCCGACACAAAGACUGCGUCGGAAACUAGUAACAAUCUUGUCGGCGUUGGUCCGGCUGUCGCUGCUACUGCUAGCGCUACCACGACAAAGAGCGACGAGACCAAGACCACAGCCGAGGCUACGAAAACUACCGCAGAGGUCAAAACCACCACCAAAGAGGAUAAAACAAUCACUCAGGAGUCUGAAAAACAGACGACGGCGAAGGAAACCACUACCUCGGAGACUGAGAAGGCAAAGACCACAACGCAUGCCACCACGACUGAGCACACGGAGGCCAUCACCACUGCCACGGAAGAGACACGGACGGCCACGAGUGCGACUCAAACCUCCUUUGUAACUUCAACCUCAUCAACUUCGGCCGACUCUACCCAGAGUCUAGAUAGUCUUGGUCACGCUGUGACUGAUAGUGCAUCUUCCACAUCCACCAUUUCAGCUGCUUCGUCGACCUCGACAUCAGUAACUUCAGGGUCGACGGGUAUGUCCUCUGGUGCCAAAGCUGGUGUGGCUAUCGGUGUCAUUCUGGGCGUGGGCGUGAUUGCAGCUCUGAUCUUCUUCAUUGUUCGAAAGAAAAGACGGUACCAGGCGGAUGACCCUCCAAUGGAAGAGAGGUUGUUCAGCGCGCAGAACUUGCCCCCUUUCCCACAAGCCGCCAGGCCGAUGACUCCAUCGACAGCCCCCCAACUGAAAGUUCGCCCGAUCACCCAAUUCGCACCCGAUCUUAGCAAUAGUGCUUCCUUCAACUCGGCUAGUACCGCCGUUGCUGGAACAGGUGCCGGUGCAGCACUCGUUUCCCGUAACCUGACUGGUGAUAUUCCACCUCCAACUCCUCCAAAGUCUGCCGGUAUCUCCCCGAACCCCUUCACUGACCCGGUUAAUCCCUUCAACACCGGCAAUGAACCUUUCUCCGACCAGUCUCGGGUCCUGACAUCAAGUUCAGGCCCCUCAGAACCCGCAAUGGCAGCAACGGCUGCCGGGGCCGCAGCCCUGGGCGCAGCUGGUGUAAUUUCUCAUGAAUCUGACGGAGAGCAUUUAAUUCGACCGGGAUCAAUAGAAUCAGACGUCCGUCCACCAAACUCACCAAGCCCCGUUAGCGUCGAUGGUGAAUCCGUUUCAUCGGUGGCAAUGACGGCUGGCAGCUUUGCUGGAGGUGUCGCUGCCGGUGCUGGUCCGGGGCCAUUGAACGUAUACCGUGUGCAAAUGGACUACAGCCCCCUGAACGACGAUGAGCUGCCGCUCCAAACCGGUACACUCGUUCGAAUGCUUUAUGAAUACAACGAUGGAUGGGCUCUGUGCGUGCGCCUUGAUCGUUCUCAGCAAGGAGUUGCUCCUAGAACCUGCCUAUCUGCCCGCCCUGUCAAGCCCCGCCCCCGCCCACCACCCGGUGCCCCUGGCCCAGGCCCGCGCGGCCCACCCAUGAUGGGCCCUAAUGGCCGCCCAAUAUCGCCGGCAGGUCGCGGUCCCCCCUCAGGCCGAUUCUAUCCUACAGAUAUGCGACCAAGAUCACCAGGCGGUUACAAUCAACGCCACCCACAACCCGGCCGUAACAUGUCCCCAGUCGGACAGUUCCCAGUUCCUCGAUCGAUGAGUCCCGGCCCUAGAGCAAUGUCCCCAGGACCUGGACCUGGCAUGCGCCCCGGUCCUGGUCCACGGGCGAUGUCCCCUGGCCCGCGAUCAAUGAGCCCCGGCCCCUACGGCGGCCCUGGAAUGCAGCGACCCGUGAUCCCUGUCAACCAACGGCAACGCAGCAACAGUGCUGGAAAUGUAUCCCCACCCCACAUUAGUGCCAUGGCUCCUCCCCGCCCGAGUCCACUGGCAGUGGCUACAGCACAGCCUCCUGCUCCUCCUUCUCCUCCUCCUGCAGGCGAUCUACCUGAUAUACCCAGUUCUGGAUCUCCCAGCUCUGCGCCAAGUUCGCCUCCUGGAUCCCAGAUUGCCAGGAAACCCGUUCACGUGGACUUCUAG